AUGAGGAGUGAUGUGUAAAUCCAAAUUGCCAGAAUGAACAGAGCCAUGCAUAGCAACCUUUUCCAGGUUCUCAGGGUUUAGGUUGAAAACGCUUCUCACUCUCACUCUCACGUCACCACCUUGUUCUUACUCUCACCGCCACAAAUCCAUAAAAAGACACAACCUUAAUACAAUUGCAGCAUCUUCUGUGUUGUGUGGUAAUUUUGAAGUUGAAAUAAUGGGUCGUGGGCGUAGGAAGAUUGAGAUCAAAAGGAUUGAGAAUGUGAAGAACAGACUAGCCACAUUUUCAAAGAGGAGAAGCGGGUUGUUGAAGAAGGCUAAGGAGCUUUCUGUUCUCUGUGAUGCUGAGGUUGCUGUCAUUGUGUUUUCCAACACUGGAAAGCUCACCGAGUUCUCAAGUUCCUGUAUGAGAAGAACCCUUUCAAGAUACAACAAAUGUUUGGCUUCUACAAAUACUGCUGAAAUAGAACAUAAGAAGACCCAGAAAGAAGAUUCUCAGAUGGUGGAGACUCUAAGAGAUGAAAUUGCUAUGCUAGAAACAAAGCAAUUGCAGUUGUUGGGUAAGGACUUGACAGCUUUGGGAUUAAAGGAAUUGCAAAGUUUAGAACAGCAACUUAAUGAAGGGUUAUAUUCUGUCAGAGAGAGAAAGGAGGAACUACUCAUGAAGAAACUGGAGCAGUCUAGAUUACAGGAACAAAGGGCUAUGUUGGAAAAUGAAGUUUUGCGCAAACAGGUUGAGGAGCUUCGUUCUCUAUUUUCAGUAUCAGAACAGAGAAAUAGUGCUUUUGCAAACACCAGUUCCUCACAUCCCAACUUGGCCACUAGCUGCGGAAAUGAGAAAGGAAGUUCAUACAUUGCAUUGGGGUGGCCUGUUGAUGAUCAUGACAAUAGGGAGGAACCUGAGGAAGAAACCUUUUCAGAUUCAGAUGAUUCAGAGAGUUAGGUGGAUAUCCUCUAAUCUAGUUCUCUGAUUUUAUUGUUUCAAGAUGGAAUAUAUUACUUCAGACUAGUUUAAUACAGUUGUAGUUGUAUACAGUUUUAAGUUUAGAUUACAGAGAAAAUAUAUGAACCAAAGGUGAGCCCCCAAUUGAUGAAUUGGAAUUUAGGUCUUUUCAGAUAUUGGCAAGAAUGUAGAUUGAAAUUGUUUAUCAUGUUUUGGCUAAAAUACUAUGAAAGAACCAAGACUAUGAAACUUUUUUUUUAUUCUAAUGAAUGCAAUGCUUAGGUUUAUUUA